UUUUGGUCAAAGUUCAUGACAUACGAAAAUAUUAACCUACACACUUUCUAACCUCGCAAAAAUACCUUGUUGCGAGUUUCUCAAUCAAUCCACACUACCAGUUACCAAAUCCAAAUGCCGACGCCGGUAUGAACGAAAUUCCGGAGGAGCUGAAGACGAACAUCUUGCGGAGGCUUCCUAUCGCAGCAUGCAUUGCCCGAUGCCGAUGCGUCUGUAAAUCAUGGCGAGAUCUCCUCUCCGACCCCUCUUUCUUGCGGCAGAAUGAUCUGUUCAUCGGAACUGCCGGUACCGAAGGAAAUUAUUCGGAUUCUUGUUCUGGAACUUUGAUUACACUCUUCGCUGCCAACGAAUUGAGGUCAGUCUACUCUUGCGAUACGCUUGAACCCUUGCUUCCCUCCUCCUCGACGGGGAUGUCGUUACAGUUACCCUCCGAUGGGGACGCGUACCGCAAUUUGUCAGUUGUAGGAUGUUGCAAUGGUCUCCUGUGCCUAGCCACCAAAGAAAGCUUUUACCUUCCCGUCGUCCCGUGUUUGAUUCUUUGGAAUCCGAAGACCUCGGAAAUCAAGGUUCUGCCGCCUACCCUUUUCGACCCGCCUGUGGAUUCCGAUUGGUGGGUUAGUAUAACUGGGUUCGGUUUCGAUUCGGAAUCAGAUGACUACAAAAUUGUUAGGCAACUUACAUUUGUUGAUGACGAAUGGGAGGGUUUUCAGGAAGUGUACAGCUUGAGGAACGACUCAUGGAGAAAAUUGGAUCUCUCCAUCCAUUUAGUUCAAUCUUCGCGAAUACCCAAGCUUUACGAGGGGAAUUUGUACUGGUGGCACUUGUUCCUAAAAGUUACUCAGUUUUUUUGGUUCGACAUGAGCAAUGAAGUGUUCGAAAUGGUGGAAGUGAGCAAUCCUGUUCCGGGAGAUUGGGAAGUGGAGUCUCUGUUGACGUUGUCGAAGCAGGAAGAGUCGAUGGUAGCGCUUUGUUCCGUUGGGAGCAAGUCUUGGGAGGUAUGGGGGCUUUUGAAGUUAUGGGUAUCAGAAUCGUGGACAAAGUUGUUUACCCUCACUGUCGCCAUUCCCCCCGGUGUUGAUCAUCUCGACUUCCUUGGAUUUACCAGAAGAUGCAAGUAUAUUUUCAGAGCAUUGUCCGAGCAAGACGAUGAUGAAAAUCCUCAAUGGUCCAUUGUAGUUCAUGAUGAGGAUUCGAAAGUUCAGGUUAUUGAUAUUCAGUCGCCAAGAGCAUAUACUGAAGUCAUUAUUUAUGUCCCCUCUCAAGUUUCUUUGCGCACGUAGAGUAGUGGACAUAUGGAUCAUAGACGGUGUUGAUUACUUUGGAGAUGUUUGAAUAAUGUGUGGUCAUUGGUAAUAAUGUUACAGUUCUCUUUAGGGUUAUCGUGAUUGUAGCUUUUUUGUGUGAAGGUGACGAGAUUUGACUACAGCAAACACAUUAAGCAGGGAAAAAGAGAAAAAAAAAAAAAUGCCGGCCACGAUCUAUUGCAGACGGAAGAAGCAUCCCCCCAAAAGAAGGGGACACGAGCAGCCAAGAGCAACAAGCUCAUAAUAAUGCAGCAAACUCAUGUCUGUGUCAACUGCAUGUGCAGAGGAACAAAACCAGUCUUGUACU